GGAAUCUUUGCGCACGGCGCUCCUCAAAGAGACCGCCCAUUUCAUUCCGCGUGCCAUGAGUGCAACAGUGUGUGUGUGUUUUCAUUUUAUGUGAUAGUGCGAUGGUUAUUUAUUUUAAAUGAAUGGAGGUUCUCAUGAAUAUGUGGAUUGUAUUGCUGCUGCUCUCAGUAUGUUCAGAGACAGUCUUUUGCUUCAGUCGUGGAAAAGUUGAAGUGGCUUGUGGGGACAUGACACCCCAACAUGACUCUUCCCCCAGCACCCAACAUCCACCAUUCAACAUCAUAGCAGACAAAUCCCAGUUCAGCCCAGGAGAUGAAAUCAAAGUGACAUUAUCAAUGGCGUCUUCAGAGGGCAAACAAUACUUUAAAGGAUUCCUCAUAGAAGCAAGAAAUGCUGGGGAUCUCAGUGAAAUUGUUGGAUCAUUUAAGUUAAUCAGUCCUGACAUAUCUCAGCUUCUUAAGUGUGACAAUAAAGAGGGCUUUGCUGUGAGUCAUACCAGUGAUUCCCAUAAGACUGAGAUUCAGGUGAUCUGGGUAGCACCAUCUGACUCUCCUUCCAGUGUGCAGUUUCUGGUAACUGUUGCCCGAGGCUAUAAAGAAUUUUGGGUGAAGAUUCCAGGUCCCGUAGUGUCCCAAAAUGGGGCCCAAACCUCAAUGUUCACUUCUGAGGGCUGUGGAAGCAGCAAGUCCUGUCUGAGAGAUCCAGAGGGCUGUGACCCACAAAACGACACUGCGUGUCACUUCCUGUCUUUUCGUAGAUUGGAAAGGAGUGUGAUGUUUGAGCUCAGUGGAUCUGCAGAGGGUUAUGUGUCCUUUGCCUUAUCACAUGACAAAUGGAUGGGGGACGAUGACGUCUAUUUGUGUAUUAGAGACACAGACAGAGUUGACAUCAAGGCUGCAUAUGUUUCUGGACGGACUCACCCAAUAAUCUCUUCACAGAACAUUUUGAAAGACAAAGCAUGGAGGCUCUCAGAUGGAGUGAUUCAGUGUAGCUUCCGCAGAGACAUACAGCUUCCUCCUGAGAAUCUGAACAGGUUCAAUCUGGAGCAGAUGUACUACCUCUUUAUGGCUCAUGGUCGAGCUGAAAAUGGGAGAACCCAUCGACAUGACCACCAGCCUCUAAUUUCAACCUAUCAGGCAUCCAUAACGGGACCUCCUGAGGAUCUAACGGGUUCUCGAUCACCCCUGCUCGUCAAAUAUCAUGGGGCGUUCAUGCUGAUCGCCUGGACUUCGACGGUCAGUGCUGGUGUCAUCAUGGCACGAUACUUCAAACCCGAUUGGCCUGAAAGGAAUAUUUUUGGGCAGAAGGUCUGGUUUCAGUUACAUCGAAUGCUAAUGACCAUCACAAUUCUGCUCACCUCGGUCAGCUUUGUCUUGCCUUUUAUUUACAGAGGAGGCUGGAGCAAGCGGGCGGGCAUACACCCCUAUUUGGGCUGUGUUGUCAUGGCACUCGCUGUCAUCCAACCUGUCAUGGCACUAUUCAGACCUGCGCCAGACGCCUCAAGGAGAUAUAUCUUCAGCUGGAUGCAUUUUGGGACAGGAACAGUAGCUCAAGUUGUGGCUGUCAUCACCAUCUUCCUCGGGAUCCAUCAGCAAGCUCUGACCCUGCCUGCUCCGUGGUCCACAGGGGUCUUGGCUUUCAUUGUGGUAUGGUUUGUGCUGGCAAAUUUGGUUCUGGAAGUCCAUCGAAGGGGGUUUUUACCUAUAGGUAAAUAUUUUAAAAAUGUCAAAAUCUACACUGAACAUAUCAAUUCUGACGACAAAGAGGAGGUUGUGUUUGUUCCUGAUGAGAAUGAGACUUCGAACGUGGAAUCUUGUUUUAAAAACAUAGUUCUGGCUAUAUAUCUCUGUGUAAAUCUGGGAUUUCUGACUACUCUGCUUUGGACCAUCAGUGCAGUAUGAGACACUCUCAGCACUCAUUUCCACAUUAAUCUCUGAUACUUUCACUAAUCGUGCCUAUUUUAAAACAAGCCAAAGAAAUAUGCCGUAAGACUGAUUUAUGACAAGCCGCCUGUCAAUUUAUUUUGAUUUAUUAUAAUGAAUUUGUCUGAUUUUAAAUUAUAUUUCUUGACUGCUUAGGUAUAAAUCAAUUUAGUAUAUUUUUUUAGCACUUUUUGUAAUUAAUUUUGUAUUAUAUAUGUACACAAUGGCUUAUUUGUAAAAUUAUUAGUAGUUAAGAGCAAUGUCGGCUUAUUAUUUAAAUUACUCUUCCUGAUCUGCUUUUUAAGUCUUUAUUCCAUCUGAAGAACAUAUUUCCAUUGGGAUAUUUGGUAACUGCGUUAAAUUAACAAUGUUUACAGAUCGGAUGCUGUGUGUGUAUGUCUUUUUCUAAAUAAUUUUUUUAACCACCUUAUUCUAGAUGCUUGUGCCUAAUAUUGAUGGAUGGAUUUAAAGACUGUUACUGUUGCCUGAAAUGUAAAUAUUAUUAGCAGUGUGUCCAUUCUGUACAAAGACUGAAUGAAGUGGACGUGGUUUUUGCACAGAUGACAAUCUGUGACAGAUCAAUCACCUUUUUAAAUAAAA